GAGUAUGCUCUUAACCAAGCCGAGCGCGAGCUGCUGCACGAUCGGCUAGGGCUCUCCGGAAUCGGACAGCUGCUCGAAGCACUCCCCGAAGACCACCCUUACUGCCGAGAGCAGAACGCACUUGGCUGCUAUCCCCUCCCCGGUUGGGAGCAGAAACGGCCCAUGCGGCAGUACCUGCCGUUUGAAGAUGAGCUUGGUCGGGCAGUCGAGAGCAGCGAGGAGCACCGCUGUAAGAGCGGUCUCACUGUCGCGGAGUUUGAUGCCAAGGUUGCGGCGGCCAAGAGCGAAAAGCAAGGGAAGCGGCUGCAGAAGCAUACGAAGGGGGGCUUCGUGUUCUGCUGCUCUCACAGGGUCGUUUAUGGUUUCCACACGAUGCUGCGGGGAGAGUCUCCUCGUGAUCCUUUCGCGGUGUUGUACACCCGCCUACAUCGGCACAACCUCCCUUCCUUCCUGUUCUACGACAACGCCUGCAAGCUGCGAUCGUACAGCAUGCGGCGUGAGCCUGCAUUCUUUGCUGACGUAAGGUUUCUCGUCGACCGGUUCCACUUCCAGAAGACCGGCGCUGAAGGCCACAAGUGUGGGGCAGCAUUCAACCCAGACUAUUACGACGCUGUGCGCUGGGUUAACACUUCAGCGGUGGAGAGCGUCAACUCCUUCUUGAUCAAGUUCAAGGUGCUAGGUUGGUUUAGUGGUCUCUAG